AUGUACUGUAGAUUUGGUUCGAAUACAUUAGUUGCUUUACUACCUACACAUUCACACCAGUCCCAAGCAUCCAGAGUUCAGCUUCCCAGUAGAGAGCUCGGAGAGCGAACAGUCUCCCUCUCUCACAACAGAGAAAUAAUGGGUUUCUUUUCGUUUCUCGGAAGAGUACUCUUCGCCUCUCUCUUCAUUCUCUCUGCUUGGCAAAUGUUCACUGAAUUUGGUGGUGAUGGUGGCCCUGCAGCAAAGGAAAUCGCUCCUAAACUAGCUAUUGUCCAGAAAUUCGUAACCUCUAAGUUAGGGGAAGGGGGACCCAAAAUUGACGUAAAGCAUUUUGUUGGAGCUUCUAUCGCUCUGAAAGGGCUCGGUGGCCUUCUAUUUGUAUUUGGCAGUUCCAUUGGAGCUUAUCUAUUGCUUUAUUACUUGGUGUAUACCACUCCACUUCUGUAUGACUUCUACAAUUACCACUAUGGUGAGCCAGAAUUUUUUGUCCUCUUACAGGAGUUCCUGCAGUGUAUAGCACUUUUUGGUGCAUUGCUUUUCUUCCUAGGGAUGAAGGACUCAAUUCGAAGACAGCAACUCCAAAGGAAGACCUUCAAAACUAAGACAUCCUAG